AUGCUUCUCACAUCCGGACAAGUCUCAGUUGCAAUAUCUUCUUUUAUUGUGUUUUUCUUCACUACAGCCCUCUUCCUCUCCGGCUAUGUCCUCCAGCAGCAAACGGUGCGCGAUCUGAGAGAAGCUAUUAAACCCCAAUUUCAGGCAAAAUUGGUAGGGCUGGAGGUUUCAAAUAACUUGAAUAUAAAUGCCGAUAGGAGUGGAAGGAAAGGUCAAGUGGAAGUUUUCCUGCCAAAACAGUUUGAGCUCGAAAAGGAGCGAGAAGAUGAUGUGAAAGUGGGGAUUAAAAGAGACAUGGAAGCCGAAUGUGAUGGGGUGAUCGGAGAAAGGAAGGAAGUCAAAAAGACGAGGAGUAGGAAAACUAAAGACUGGGGUGGCAUUGAAGAGAGGCUCAUUGAGCCACAGAAGAAAUAUGGAAUUGAGCAGGAGGAAGGUCCUGGGUCGAUAAAUCAUGCGGGAAGCAUUGGAAAGGAAGAAAGAGAAAUCACAGUUCCGGAGAAGCCUUUAAGUCGUGCAGAGAGGAGGAGAAAGAUCAAAGAAGACCUCUUAACAUCUGGAGAAGGGGAAACUUUCACUGGGUAUCGGAGGCGUGUUCCGAGAGUCUGA